CGCUCCGCCCUUCUCCGGUCUUCUGUCUCCGGUGUUGACGUUAGCGAAGUGCCAAGAGCUGUUGAUGUGGGAGCGGCGGCGGCGGCGGCAAGCCGACAUCCGCCCAGCUAACAGCGCAGACAAGACGUGUUUUCACGCUGCUUAAAGCGCGGCUGCCCAAGUCCGCCAUGAAAGGCACCCGCCAGUCAAAGCCAGGCACGAUGUCCGCCAUCAAGGACGCGCACAUCGUCAAGAUCGCCGUCGAGAUGGACGAGCAAGUGCCACAGCUCAUCGAGUUCGACCAGCAGCGACCGCUCACGGCCAUCAUCCAGGACCUGUGCAACACCUGGGCGCUCGCCGAGCCCGAGCAGUACUCGCUCCAGUUCUCCGACAAUGCCCGCUCGUACAUCACCGAGAAGAACCGAAACGACAUCAAGAACGGCUACGUCCUGCGACUCACGCACAGCCCCGCCAAGACGGCGCAGGACAUCCUCGACAAGCUGCACUCGAACAAGCCCGAUGACAUGCGGGCGGCCCUGGAGCGUCUGCAGAGGCUUUCGUCUGACUACACGUUCGCGCUCGAGUUCAUAAACAAGCAAGGACACCAAUUACUCAUCAACAUGGUCGAAGGGGGUACCUAUACGGGCGAUCACUUGGCGCUCACUUUGCAGUCGUUCGUGGAACUCAUGGAUCACGGCAUCGUCUUCUGGGACAUUUUGGAGCCCAAGUUUGUCGGCCGCGUCGCCAAUCAGGUGAACGUCAACACAACUCAGGACACAAGGACGCUACAGGCCUCUCUAUCCAUACUGGAAUCUCUUGUACUGAACGGCACUGGUCGCUAUGCCAUGGUAGAUCAAGAAGUCACAUUACCAAAUCUUAUCAUGCACAUGCAGUCAUCAUCAGUUGAAAUACAGCAGUCGGCUGUGGCACUGAUCAAUGCACUCUUCCUUAAGGCCGAAAGCACCACAAAGCGCAAGACACUUGCGGCAACCCUGUCUUCACGGCAUAUCCGCAACGUCAUUGUCACAGCUGUCCUCCAACGUUCGCAACAGCAUGUUGGCACUGAAAUGGCUCAUCAACUUUAUGUUCUUCAAACACUGCUGCUGAAUUUACUGGAUGAAAGGCGUGUUGGUGUCGACCCAAAUGAUGCUGAGGCCCGCGAGCGAAUCCUCGAACUACGACGCAUCGCAUUUGACGUUGAAGCCGACGGUACCUGCAGUACUACAAGUGGGGGCCGGAAAGGGGGUGGCUAUGCAAAGGACUACAAGAAGUUGGGUUUCCAAAACCAUACCAACCCUAUUGAGGACUUCAGUGAACCACCCGGAAUAUUGGCAUUGGACAAUAUGGUCUACUUUGCUAGAAACCACACAGAAAGUUAUACCAAAUUUGUUCUCGAGAACUCGUGCAGGGCUGAUGAGCACGAGUGCCCUUUUGGCCGCAGCAGCAUUCGACUGACACGCCUUCUGGCUGAAAUCCUCAAGAUUGGUGAACCCCCUACGGAGCAGGGAAAGACUUACUACCCUAUGUUCUUUACACACGACCAUCCGUUUGAAGAGUUCUUUUGCAUUGGCAUCAUGCUCUUGAACAAGACCUGGAAAGAGAUGAGGGCAACGACCGAAGAUUUCGUAAAGGUAUUCAGUGUGGUCCAGGAACAGAUCAGCCGUGCUUUGGCAACAGAGCCACCUCUCAUGAGUCUCGACAAGUUCCGCAGCAAGCUUGCCAUGCUGACCUACUCGGAGAUCAUGAACCUUUGGCAGCAGGAACAGUCGACGAGGGAAGAAUGGGAGAGCCAAGCCCGGCCCAUCAUCGAGCUCCGAGAACAGGUCACACCUGAGAUAAUGGACCUGAUCCAGCAGCAGAGGGUGCAGUUCCUGUGCGAGGGCACACUGUUCACCAAGUACUCAGCCAAGGGUCACAGAAUCAAGGACAAGUUCUGGUACUGCCGACUGUCGCCGAGCCAGAAGGUCUUCCACUACGGCGACUGCGAGGAAAACGCGACGCCCAGCCUCGAAGAGCUGCCGCACAAGCUGCCCGUGAUCGAAAUCAGAAAUCUGGCAACUGGCCGCGAGUGUCCGUACAUGAAAGACACCCGCAAGGCGAAGUCUACAGCUUCGCUGGCCUUUUCACUCAUACCAGACUCGAACCAGGAGCCUCUCAACUUUGUCGCGUCGAAUGAAAAGAUCUUUGACUACUGGACAGAUGGCAUCAAUGCCUUGCUCGGCAAGAAGAUGGUCAGCAAGGAAACAAAGAAUGACUUAGAAACACUGCUUAGUAUGGAGAUCAAGCUGAGGCUUUUGGACACUGAAGGUGUGGACAUCCCAGAGAGCCCUCCACCACUUCCUAAGGAACCACCUAACUUUGACUUCUGCUACGAGUUUAAGUGUUAAUUGGAAAGUGAUAAUUGCUGGAAUGUGUGUACAGUCACUUUUGAAUUAACUGUGCUAGACAUUUCCUAUGUGCUUGUCCCCCCAUCUUACCAAGUGCUUUCGCUGGCUCUUUUUAUCUCAUCCAUCUGGAUCUUCUCACCUCUUGAUCUCCUGCCUGGCCUCAUCGCAAAGCUCUUCAUUUUGCUUGUUGGGACCAUUUUGAAAGUGCAAUUCAUCACAAUAGGUUUCCAUAUACUUGUCUGCUGUUUUAACAUUCCAUUAGAUGCUUAUAGUAGUAACUUGAAGUCACAUGUAAAAAUAUGGACAAAGAUCACGAGGUCAGUUAAACAAUAUUUUAUGCAGUUGUUUAAAGCUACUUUUCCUGUGUGAAUACACAGUGAUGUCCAGUAAUCUUGUAAACAGAGGCUUGCAACUACUUUCUUUGUGUUCUGUUACUUAUGAAUUAGUGUGGCCAUUAAGCUUUUUUUGUUAAACAUGUGUUUCGCUCUCCCAUCCUCUCUCACCAACAUUGCCUUCCAUUCAUUUAUGCUUAAAGCAACUUUGUUGUGAACUCUAGGAAAAAGAAAGUACUAUAUUGUUUCAGUAUUGUGGACAGCAAAAGUAUGUGAGGUACCGCUCAUAUGUUAAGAUGACACUUUUUAUUGCGAAGGCUCCAAAUUACAUAACACUUCAGUCAAGUGCACUCUUACUUCUCCUCACUAACUUCAAUGAAUUUUUCAGUUACUGGUGCUCACACUUGAGUUGUCUCGUAUGUUUCAUUUUUCCACCUUAGUAUAUUGUGUAGUGCAGAGACUUGAGCUAUGAAAGCUUUUUUAUAAUGCAACAUUUUUUAUACGAGUAGAGUCCAUAGCUGGGAUGAAGAGUCGAGCUCUGAAUAUUAGUGUAGAAUACACAAUGACAAGAAAGUAAAAGGCAGCAUGGAAUAAAUGUACGAUGUGGUCUAUGCUAAAAGAGAACGCAAGGUUAGUUUAUUGUCGGGACUUAACAUGGUGGCUUCCAGGUUAGUGCUGUAUAUGUGUACAUGCCUGUCCACUUCUUGGAGUGAACAUGCAAGCAACGGUGCAGCAGCAUUUGGAGAUGCACUUUUACGUUGUCUGCUACAUUGUGUAAGUGUGCCAGACCAUCAAUCUGGUGAGGCGAACUUUGCUCACACACAGCACAUGGUUGAGUCUCCAAAGCCAGAUGUUAAACAUAGGCGGCUGGCAGAUUCUCCACCAGAUGCCAAAUUAAGUGCAUUGACACCAGCAAGCUGUUCUUGCUUCAUGGAGAUGAAUUCAGCUACUACUGUUUUUACUCAAUGUAAGUCUAACUUAACACAAAACACAGCACAAGGACAGAGUGAAAUACAUCUAAUAACCGCAUUUGUUAUGGCUGACAUCACGUCCACAUAAUGUGCAGUGCAAUAUAGAACUCAAAGCAAUAAACUUAAAGGUUUACAAUAUGGGUUUGCAUUAUUGCCAUCUUAUUAUUGUAAAUGUUUAAUGGUGCCGAAAGGGAAUGAAAGCAGUGGCCUUUUACAUGCAGCACGCAAACACAAAGCUGGUUUGCUCGCAACUGUGAUGCAAUACUGAAGGCAGAGUUCUCUUUGUGGUUGCAUUGGCAUUGUGUAGAGUGUAGCAACGUGCUUGAAUGUUCAUCUCCAGAAUUGGCAAGCCUGUACAUGCAUGCCUGGGUAAUGCUUUUUUUUUUUUUUUCCCCAUGAUGAAAGUUGAACUGUUGCUUUUAAGUAUACCUUAGAUAUAAGAAUUUGUUUUCAAGACUUGACCACAAUAGUUUAUGGCAUUUGACCACAAUAGUUUAUGGGGCAUUAGCAUUGUGAUCACAACCUGUGGAGCUUGGGCACAUUGCCUCGAACUCAAUGUUUAAUUGUAGCUUUUGAAACAUUGAUAAAAUUAGAAGCAAUGUUCCUUUGCAGAAUGGCUAUUCGCGUUUGUUGUGGAACCAGUGUCCUUAAAACUUCUGUGCCGAACUAUACAGUUUUUGUUAAGUUAGCUGUUGCAAACAUUCCUGCAUAUCUCCACAACACUGUUUUGCAAAACAACUUGCAGGGGUACCAAUGCUUGGCAUCUGAACCACAGUAUUUCUGACACUUCCGGUAGUGUUGAGACGUGUCUGCGCAGGUCGCAAGAACAGACACUGACUGCAUUUACCCAUGCUUGAUAUUGAGUUUCAUUUUACGAGUACAUGCUUAAGUCUGGUACACUAGUCGUCUUACAUUUCCUCAAAGACCCUACAUGCAAGGUUGUAGCUUGCAUUAGAAUUUUGUGCCUGCUUUAUCUGUAUUUGUAGAGCUGCAUCCAUUUUUAUAUUGUGUGAAUAAUGCAGCACUCUACUGUUGUGCCUGUAUGAAGUGUAAUCGUGAAACUGAACGUUUCACCUUUGUGUACUUGGCGCCAAAUGAGAAUUUUCACUUUUUAACGAGAGCACAGGGCGCGAUGCGUUUCGACGUUUUAUUUAUUGUGAUUAUAUACAGCAAGAGCACAUGAAGACCGAGCAAAAUAAAAAAAAGAAGACUUAUGAAAAAUAGACAUGUGUGGAACUACCUAUACGCACCUUCUUGGAAGACUCUCUCUGAAAGACCGCGUUAUCACUCUCGACUAUCCAUCGCACAACGUAAGCACUUCAAGGUGCUGUGCUUCUAUUCACUAACAAAUGGAUCACCAAGGCAGUGGCUAAGGCUGUUGUCUUGAGUUCCCGGGGAAAGAUUGGAGAACUCUAGAGCACUCCCUAACAAAACUGAAGUGAUGCUUGUACAGCAAUUGCACACAUGAAUACAAACAAAAAAAGGGAACAAAAAGUACUCUGCAAUGUCCUAACACUUAUAUUAAGAACAUGAGAAUUUUUUUUUUAGAUUGUUCUUGUCUGGUACUUGUCUAACUGUAAAGGGCCCUUGACAUAUCCAAAAUAGAACAAAUUGAAAUGAACCGGUAAAAGCACUUUCAGGUCUCCUAAAAGUUGUAUAUAAAAUGAAAAAACAAAAAAGAAACAACUGCACACUAUAAAAUAUCAAUGGUACAAAAUGACAAUGAUGUCCAACAGCACUGGAAAAUCGGGUACUUGCAAAAGGCAAACAUUGGAAGCCUAUAUACAUAAAUAAUGCCUAGAGGAAAUAGUAUUUCUAUUGAUACAGGCGGUAAUCAAGUUGGACGUCACAAGAGUGGCUUGUAGGCUAAAGCACAGCACUCUCUGGUGCACAGCUUCAGAUUACUAAAUGUCGCACUAUCCAGCGAACACUAAAUCAGGG